CCUCUUCCCACCCCCUCAGUCCCCGAUCGAUCGAUCGAUCGAUCAUUCGCGUCGCAAAGGAGCGAAGCGCUCCGCCCCCCUCGCCCGCUUCAAACCCUAAAAAUCCCCCUGUAUCCCCGAAUCUCGCCCCCCGCAUUCGAACCCUAGAAAUCUCAUCACCCUCUCCCGCAUCGAUAACCUCACUUCGCUUGUAGCUUCUGAUUCCUCUCUCUGAGAGCUCUUCCUUUGACGUUACCAUCAGCCUCUCCUGAUUUUUUCAGCAAAAACAAGCUUAUUUGAUCCUUCUUUGGACAAGGAAGCUUAUUGUUAUUCCUCUUCCCAUUCCGUCAAAUAUUUUGUUGAAUUGCUACAUCUUUCAAUAUGUCAUUGGAUGAUCUAAGUAAGAACCGAAGCAUAGGAGGAAGAUUUAGAGGCCGUGGUAUGGGCCGUGGUAUGGGCCGUGGACGUGGUGGUGGUGGCGGCACCUUCCGUGGAAGAGGAGUGGGGAUGCCUCCUCGCGGGCCUCUUGGGGUUAAUAAUCGGCCUUCUUCAUUUGCUAUUGCUAAGUCAUUUAGCAGGGCUAAGGACAUGAUAUGGAGACACGAUCUGUUCAAUGAUAGCAUGGUAGCCGCAGGACUGUCUGGAGUAGAAACGGGUACGAAACUGUACAUUUCAAACUUGGAUUAUGGGGUAUCCAAUGAAGAUAUAAAGGAGCUGUUUUCGGAGGUUGGUGAGCUGAAACGUUGGGCUGUUCAUUAUGACAGAAAUGGUCGCCCUAGCGGUUCAGCCGAGGUGGUAUUUACUAGGAGGAGCGAUGCCAUUGCUGCCUUAAAACGAUAUAAUAAUGUUCAACUUGAUGGAAAAACUAUGAAGAUAGAAGUGAUUGGAAUGAAUUUAGGUUUACCUGUUACCCCUCGGGUAAACGUUGUUGGGGGCACAAAUGGAAGAGGAAAAAGAACAGUUGUUAUGACGCCAGAAUUUGGUCGCGGUGGUGGCAGUUCAUCUAAUCGCUCUUCAGGCAGGUGGAACCGUGGUGGAUUUCAACGAGGCCGUGGCCGUGCGCGUGGCAGUGGCUUUCAACGAGGCCGUGGUCGCGGCCGUGGCCGUGGAAGGAAGCAAGCUGUCGAGAAGUCUGCAGAACAGCUGGACAAGGAGUUGGACAACUAUCAUGCUGAUGCAAUGAAUACUUCUUAAAUGCGAAUGGUUGGGGUCUUUUUUUUUUCUGUUUACUGGUUCUCCCAGACAAGGGUUUGCAGAGUGUUUGCUGCUUCUAUAUAUCCCCUCUUGGUUAGAUAUAUUUUCUGGUCGUUAAGCUAAUAGUUCUUAACUAGUGGCCUAUGAGAAAACUGUUUGCUUCUUUGCUUGCUGGAAUUAAAUUGUAACGAUAAAAGUUUGCGUUUCAUGACCAGCCAUCUAGUCGUAGGUUCAAAAAAAAAGGAUGUAUGAGUGUUUGGUACUGCAUUGAGCAUUGGGGUCUUGAAGCUGAGGUGAAACAUGAUAAUUCUUAUUAGCGCAGUUGCAUAUGGUCUGUUUGAGAUGUUGUUAUGUUUAAAUAAGCAUUUUCUUACUUUAAUUGCU